CCUACACCUGCCUGUCAAAUAUCUCUCCGCUCUUUCUCAAUGCCGCGGUCGAGUUUCGCGAUAUCUACCUGCAUCAGCUGAUUCUAAUCUUCCCGAAAACAGCUCUAACUCGGUGGGAACUAGACUGCUGUCCCUGGUCGAUAUACUUGUUAGCUACAUAUAAGCUGACAGAAGAGUACGAGGUUGCCGCAUAGUGUAGUAAGCACUAGCUGUUAGCCAAACCACGAUAGAGGCCAUCGUUUCCGUAUACCGGAAUCAAGCAAGCUAGCUAGGUAAGAGAUUUCCGAAGGACAACUGCAUGUCAACUCAGCUCUUCAUAAUCAACAUUUUAUUGUAUUGACAACUUAUUUUACAUUUUAUACAUAUGGUAAUAUGAUAAAAUAUAUGUUGCGACAGUUACCUUUAGUUAGCUACAGCUGAUAUUGAUAGAUAGCUAGCAAGGUAACGUUAGCUAGCCAGUUGAUUUUGUUGGUAGCUAGCUAGCUAACGUUACCUAACUAGUACUGUAGGGCAACAUGACAUGAACCUCCUAACUAACUAUUCAACAUUGUUUUUUUUAAUGUAUUUUUUGUAGACAUGAUUUGGUUAUUAUUCACUAUGGGUAGGCAUACAAUUGUCUGCCCAAAGUACAUACCCUUGACAAUUCAAUGCUUUAGCUAUGCAAGUCUUGCAUUUAUUUAUUUUGUCUCACUGACUGCUGUUUGCAAUAUUAGCACAAUCUAUCAGGAAAUAUGAUAAGCAUGUAUGGUUGAUGAGUUCCUGUUUUACCAGCCCUCCCUCUGCAAGUUGUGCCCAGUAUGCUGCCACAGUCAAAUUAUGCUUAACAUUACGGUCAAAUAAAAGAUACAUCUCUCUUUCUCCGCAUUAGGCUUCAGCCCAGUAAAAGUGUUGUGGCCCCACUGUGGAUUCCCUGCAUUGGACUGGGGCGGAGGCAGUCGUAGGCAGAGCAGGUGCUACGUGAAGUGCAGUUUCGACUUCCCCUAUGAGUAGCAGCACCGGUGAGAGAGCACCACGGACCCGGGCGGCGAAGGCAGGCCAGGGGGCAGGGGGGACAAUGACAUGGACCCCUCAGGACCAGAGCGUGGACCCUUCAUACAGGCCUACCACCACUGCAGGCCCAACCAUAGCCUGCAGUGGUGGCGGAAGCUCCUGUGUCCUGAGUAAGCUGAUCCAACUGCCGGCUCCGCCGCUGUCGCGCCACCAGCUGAAGAAGUUAGAGGAGCACAGGUACAGCAGUGCAGGCCGCUCCCUUCUGGAGCCCUUCAUGCAGCACUACUGGGAGUGGCUAGUGGCACGUGUGCCGGCAUGGAUAGCCCCCAACCUCAUCACUAUUGUGGGCCUGGCCACCAACAUCCUCACCACAUUGGUGCUGGUGUACUACUGCCCCACAGCCACUGAACAGGUAGGUCCAUGCUGGGAAUUCUAGGCCCCGGAAGGAAUUUGAGGUUGGAGCCCUUAUGCACACUGUCGCUCAUAUGGCCCUCCCUCCCACUGAGUAUACAUAUUUAAAUGAAUUCAUCAGCAGGUAUUCCUACUAAGUAAUAACCAUGGAUUAUUAGGUCAAUGUUUGUUGUAACGGCUGUAAUAAUAUACACUACGGACAGGACAUAGAGAAUAGAAGAGGCCAUCAGUAUUUCUUUCAGAAUUUCUUGAUGGAACAGUAUUGAUUGGGUAAUUGUCAGAUAUAGCCUACCCUUUCGGAGCAAAAGUUUAUCAAAAUGUCUGUCUCUAGCAGAUACGAUUGUUUUGUCAAUGUUGGGUGCAAUUUGUUCUAGAUAAGAAUACUACACUAUACCUACUAUCCUUGUUGUCUCUGUGAGAAUUAGGCUAUUCUAAACCAUCUUACAGUAACAGUAUUUGAUGAACAUGGUGUUAUGGUAAAACACCAGAAUGCCACAAACCAUUACUUUCUACAUUUACAUUUUAGUCAUUUAGCAGAUGCGACUUACAAUAGUGAGUGCAUACAUUUUCAUACUUUUAUCGUACUGGCCCCCCGUGGGAAUUGAACCCACAACCCUGGCGCCAUGCUCUACCAACUGAGCUACACGUCACCUCCUCACUGAAUUUGAAUAUCACUUCCUUGGCUGUCUGAAAACGUUCCCAGCUGUCAAAUCCUCCUUCCCUCUAGCCUAGUUUCCGCAAUUGGAGGAGGUCGAUGGGAGGGACCCUAGAUCCUCUCCUCUAAUGCGCUUUGAGAGAAAUUGAGGAAACCAUGAUGCAAGGAUUUGACACCAGCAAAUAAUGUUUUCAGACACAGAGCCCUUUGACUUGUUUUUAGGGUGGGUAGGUGUUUUGGCCGCCAUGCAGUCUGACCUUCCAUGUGGAGGUCUAAUGUCAACACUACCGAUGUUGUAUAACUAAAAUUAAAUUGUGUGAGUUGGUACUAGUGACAUGUUUUUGAAAUCUGUCCUGUUGAAGAGUUAUGAUUCUUCUUCUGGGGUUUUGCACGUUGAAAUAAUAUGGGCAAUUCCACAGUAUCAGAGUGAUGCUAAGACUAAGAUUUUUCACUUACAAUUUUUAUGAAAACACAUGUACUUGAACAGUGCAGAAGCAAAGGUUGGGAACAGAAUGAUGGCACCAACAGCACAAACUGUCAUUCUGUUUCCAAACUUAAGCAUUUGCACUGUUCUUCAAUAAAUGUGUUUAUGUAACAUUUUCUUUGUAAAUUGUUAAAAGUAGUCAUGGUGCAUAGAGUUAUGGUUUGUUUAACUGGUUUUUGUUUGACAUACAUUUUCAAGUGAAAAAUCAAGAGUUUCAGCAUCACUCUGUUACCAUGGAAUUGCUCCUACGUAACAUGUUGUGUUGUAGAUGAUCAACUGGUUCAUGAAAGGAUGUGUGUGAAAGGAUGUGUGUUUAUGAAUGUAGCCUGCCAAUGCGAAACCAGUUAGUUUGCCUUAAUGGUUUUGCUUAGAAGAUGUGAUACAGCAGGAUGUGUGUAUCACCACAAAAGUGUUGUGCUUAAAUGCUUUAAACAACAUUAUAGAAUAAAAACAAUCAAGGGCAUUUAAGGCUGUCAAUUUUAACAAAGUAGAUAUGACUAGGCUAUGACUUUGUGAAUGAAAAAGGUUGACCAACGUUUGUUAGUUUGUCAAUAUUUAACAUUCGACACGUUGUUUUGAUUUUCCUUUCUCUGGGUCACUUGGGCCAGGCCAGGCAUGCGCAAUGCUCCAUGUCCUGUGUGCUUGUUUUGCUGGAAGAGGUGCGUGGGGGAUGCCUUACAGGGUUCUUGGGGACAGGCACCACUUGUCCCCGUCCUCUCAGAUUACACCUUUAGCCUCAGACCCCCUCAACGCACCCCUUGCCCCUCCUCCCGCCUCUUAAGCCAUAGAGGGUAUCGAUAGGCAAAUAGAACAGUGUGUCUCCCUCAGAUUAGAAUCGGAUGUGGGCUGUUAUGUAUUUUUAGCUAAACAGUCGCAUGGUCUUUAGUAUUUGAGUCCUCUUAAGUCUGAGUCUAUACAGUGGGGGGAAAAAAGUAUUUAGUCAGCCACCAAUUGUGCAAGUUCUCCCACUUAAAAAGAUGAGAGGCCUGUAAUUUUCAUCAUAGGUACACGUCAACUAUGACAGACAAAAUGAGAAAAAAAAUCCAGAAAAUCACAUUGUAGGAUUUUUUUAUGAAUUUAUUUGCAAAUUAUGGUGGAAAAUAAGUAUUUGGUCAAUAACAAAAGUUUCUCAAUACUUUGUUAUAUACCCUUUGUUGGCAAUGACACAGGUCAAACGUUUUCUGUAAGUCUUCACAAGGUUUUCACACACUGUUGCUGGUAUUUUGGCCCAUUCCUCCAUGCAGAUCUCCUCUAGAGCAGUGAUGUUUUGGGGCUGUCACUGGGCAACACAGACUUUCAACUCCCUCCAAAGAUUUUCUAUGGGGUUGAGAUCUGGAGACUGGCUAGGCCACUCCAGGACCUUGAAAUGCUUCUUACGAAGCCACUCCUUCGUUGCCCGGGCGGUGUGUUUGGGAUCAUUGUCAUGCUGAAAGACCCAGCCACGUUUAAUCUUCAAUGCCCUUGCUGAUGGAAGGAGGUUUUCACUCAAAAUCUCACGAUACAUGGCCCCAUUCAUUCUUUCCUUUACACGGAUCAGUCGUCCUGGUCCCUUUGCAGAAAAACAGCCCCAAAGCAUGAUGUUUCCACCCCCAUGCUUCACAGUAGGUAUGGUGUUCUUGGGAUGCAACUCCGCAUUCUUUGUCCUCCAAACACGACGAGUUGAGUUUUAACCAAAAAGUUCUAUUUUGGUUUCAUCUGACCAUAUGACAUUCUCCCAAUCCUCUUCUGGAUUAUCCAAAUGCACUCUAGCAAACUUCAGACGGGCCUGGACAUGUACUGGCUUAAGCAGGGGGACACGUCUGGCACUGCAGGAUUUGAGUCCCUGGCGGCGUAGUGUGUUACUGAUGGUAGGCUUUGUUACUUUGGUCCCAGCUCUCUGCAGGUCAUUCACUAGGUCCCCCCGUGUGGUUCUGGGAUUUUUGCUCACCGUUCUUGUGAUCAUUUUGACCCCACGGGGUGAGAUCUUGCGUGGAGCCCCAGAUCGAGGGAGAUUAUCAGUGGUAUUGUAUGUCUUCCAUUUCCUAAUAAUUACUCCCACAGUUGAUUUCUUCAAACCAAGCUGCUUACCUAUUGCAGAUUCAGUCUUCCCAGCCUGGUGCAGGUCUACAAUUUUGUUUCUGGUGUCCUUUGACAGCUCUUUGGUCUUGGCCAUAGUGGAGUUUGGAGUGUGACUGUUUGAGGUUGUGGACAGGUGUCUUUUAUACUGAUAACAAGUUCAAACAGGUGCCAUUAAUACAGGUAACGAGUGGAGGACAGAGGAACCUCUUAAAGAAGAAGUUACAGGUCUGUGAGAGCCAGAAAUCUUGCUUGUUUGUAGGCGACCAAAUACUUAUUUUCCACCAUAAUUUGCAAAUAAAUUCAUAAAAAAUCCUACAAUGUGAUUUUCAGGAUUUUUUUUUCUCAAUUUGUCUGUCAUAGUUGACGUGUACCUAUGAUGAAAAUUACAGGCCUCUCUCAUCUUUUUAAGUGGGAGAACAUGCACAAUUGGUGGCUGACUAAAUACUUUUUUUCCCCUAACUGUAUAUAAAAUAUGCCAUUUAGCAGACGCUUUUAUCCAAAGCGACUUAGUCAUGAGUGCACAUUUUUCGUAUGGGUGGCCCCAGCGGGAAUCAAACCCCCAACACUUUCUCUACUGACUGACCCACACAGGAUCAGUGGAGAAAUCAAGGUCACGGGUUGGGUUUGAUCGUUACUUGUUUUUAACGCUUUGGAGCUGGAGGCGUGACUGUUAUAUAGCCAAUGUUGUUAAUAAAUUAGCUUGUGUCUGAAAAUGAGAUCAUUUGAGGCCAUUGUUUAAUCUGCAAUUGACCCAACCUCCCCUCCAUAUUGUUAGACUACUGUAUGUUGCAUUCACAUUUUAUCAGCUACACUGUGUUAUCAGGGAAGCUUGCACAACGGUUACUAGAUCCCUCCAUGUAUUCCUCCUCCCAGGGCUAGUUAAGGGGCAGCUGUUCAAACAAACUGGCCCUCUUAGUCUGAUAUUAAACACACUUUUGUCAAAACUGUAUGCUGACACAUGGGAAGGCAUGACUGUCCUGCUUAUCCGUGUUGUCUUGCAGGAUUCGGUUACUUACAACCCAAUCAGUUGAAGGAUUUUUUUUAAAUGGAUCUGUUGUUGCCAGGGAUUAAAUUGGACCGGGUCAAAUUAAAGCCAGGUGGAGCCUGAGACCUGGUACCUUUGGUUAUGCGAAUUCUGAAUUAUCUACUGAAAAAUGGUUGUCCUCAUAUUAAUUUCCUCAGCCAACAAAACAAGUAAGCAACAGCAAAAUCAGACAACCCCAUAGUAGAAUAGAUUACCUAUUCAAUUGGCCAGCUUGUCACGUUCUAUGCGAGUAGAUAAUAUUCCUCUCUGGUGCUUUCAAAUUGCGAGUGCUGCACAGCGCAUAGGGAGAGAAACAUGCAUGCCUAGUCAUUGCACAACAUUGUUAAUGCAGUUAUAAGAGAUCACAGAGCUUUCUAGUGUUACACUUAUUUCUCAAAUCCCCAAAAUGUGUGAACUGCACCUUUUUUUUAGAACUAGAGUUUUUAGCAGGGUUAGCCUUGCCAAUGUCCCUUUAAUGCAUAGGGUAGACUGGGGCUAAAUGUAACACGGAUCAGGUGUAGCAGGUAGGCCUACUUUAAAGUAACUGUCCAGUGAAAAUCUCACAUUUGAAAAGUUCAUAUUCUGCACCCAAAUGAUGAUGUCGACUCAUCCUAUACUUGUGUUAGUGGCCAAAGCAUACAUUGGAGAAAGAACACUUAAAAAACUCCAACUCAAACAGACUGGGACACACUUUUCACAGCAUUUCGCCCGGUGGGAGGUGCUAUACGUCACGGUGGGUGUACAUUUCAGCACACGUACCGGUGCACACAUUUUCGAGGACAAACCGAGCACUCGCUCAUGUCCGUAUCGUGGAAUUUAUUCAACACACUGCUCUAAGUCAUAUAUGGCACAUUUCCACUGAAGAUUUACCGCAGUGUUUGGACUUCUUGCGGUCAAUUUGCAGUCUACAAAUGAUUUGUUAUUAUGUUCCGGCCCCCUGACCAUCCGCUCAAGAAAACACUGGCCUUAGGCUAAAUGUAGUUGAUGAUCCCUGCACUAGUGUAACACUGGUAUUACAGUCAAAGCAGCAAUAGAGGGUACCGUCAUCACUGAAUUCAUGUUAUGUUUGCUAUUUCAUGCAGCCACAGAAUAGAAAGAAGCUAUUGUUUAAAGUUGAGAUAUCAUUCACACAAAGUAAUGAGUAAGUAUGCCUCCAGGAUAAUAUGGUAAAGUUGGCCUCGUGUAUAGGCCCUUGAACAAAUAAAUAAGACCAAGGACAUCCAAAAUCAGAUUAACAGUUUUUAAUGAAGCCAGCAAUGCAAAUAAUUCAUCUCCGUGAUUGACAGGAUACAGGUAUUAUUGCAUGUUGACUAACUAAUCUAGUCAUGAUCCGUUUCAUAUACACUACAUGAUCAGAAGUAUGUGGACACCUACUCGUCGAACACGUCAUUCCAAAAUCAUGGGCAUUAAUAUGGAGUUGAUCCCCCUUUGCUGCUAUAACGGCCUCCAUUCUACUGGGAAGGCUUUCCACUAGAUGUUGGAACAUUGCUGCAGGGACUUGCUUCCAUUCAGCCACAAGAGCAUUAGUGAGGUUGGGUGCUGAUGUUGGGCGAUUAGGUCUGGCUCGCAGUCGGCAUUCCAAUUCAUCCCAAAUGUGUUCGAUGGGGUUGAGGUCAGGGCUCUGUGCAGACCAGUCAAGUUCCUCCACACCAAUCUCGACAAACCAUUUCUGUAUGGACGUCGCUUUGUGCACAGGGGUAUUGUCAUGCUGAAACAGGAAAGGGCCUUCCUCAAACUGUUGCCACAAAGUUGGAAGCACAGAAUCAUCUAGAAUAUUAUUGUAUGCUGUAGCGUUAAGAUUUCCCUUCACUGGAACUAAGGGGCCUUGCCCGAACCAUGAAAAACAGCCCCAGAUCAUUAGUUCUCCUCCACCAAACUUUACAGUUGGCACUAUGCAUUGGGGCAGAUAGCGUUCUCCUGGCAUCCGCCAAACCCAGAUUCGUCAGUUGGACUAGAUGGUGAAGCGUGAUUCAUCACUCCAGAGAACGCGUUUCCACUGCUCCAGAGUCCAAUGGCGGCAAGCUUUACACCACUCCAGCCAACGCUUGGCAUUGCGCAUGGUGAUCUUAGGCUUGUGUGCGGCUGCUCGGCCAUGGAAACCCAUUUCAUGAAGCUCUCGACGAACAGUUCUUGUGCUGACAUUGCUUCUAGAGGCAGUUUGGAACUCUGUGAUCAGGGCAGCUCUAGCAGGUCAGAAGUUUGACAAACUGACUUGUUGGAAAGGUGGCAUCCUAUGACGGUGCCAUGUUGAAAGUCACUGAGCUCAUCAGUAAGGUCAUUCUACUGCCAAUGUUUGUCUAUGGAGAUUGCAUGGCUGUGUGCUCUAUUUUAUACACCUGUCCGCAACGGGUGUGGCUGAAAUAGCCGAAUCCACUAAUUUGAAGGGGUGUCCACAUACUUUUGUAUAUGUGGUGCAUUUCAUUCGGGUAAGCUUAGUAGAUUGGAUUGAUAGCAGCAUUGAUGUUGUUGGUUGGCUAGCAAGCAAGACUUGACGUUACACAUUGUUCACUUUUGGGAAAACUGGUCCAGCCACUUGGUAGCUAGCUAUCAUUAGUUCAAUUAAAUCAAGAUGAAGUGCUAAUAUGAAAGUGCAAUUGUAAACUAUAAAGUAUAAACCCCCCCAUAGCUUAAUUUAUGAAUGAGGUCACAGCCUGGUUGCCAUCUGUUCAGCUAUUUCAUUACACUCCUUGUACUCAGUGUCAUUUGCCAAAGACAUGGGAAAUGACCAGGAAUUACUUUGGCAAAUGACAGGAGUGGCAAGGAGUGUAAUGUAAGCUAAAACGACUCGUACCCAGACUACAGGUGGAGGGUUCUAGGUUGAAUGUGGACACGCAUUGGACAGUCCUUGCACUUUGAAACCCAUGCCCACCGUGACGUAUAGCACCACCCACCAGGCGAAAUGCAACGAAAAGUAUGUCCCUAAACAAACCGCUUAAAAAAAAAUGCUUGCUAUUUCCUCAGAGGGUGAUGUCAGCUCGCCAAUCAGCAGUUUACUUGCGUGAAUAUUUUUAAUGACCGGUAUACUCCCACACCAUUACAACACAGAAAAGCUGCUUUUUAACAUCUUUAAUUUAAAAAACAUUCACUCAUAUUGUAAUUAAUUUAGGUUAUAUUUCAUAGAAAUCUGGAAACGUGAUAGUUACUUUAAAUUCAGAGUAAAUUAUUAUUGUCUGAGUGCCAGUGGAACUGUUUUUGGGACAUUUAAGUCAUCAAUAGGUUGCUAACUAGCAACAAGAUAAUGUUUACAGUUUGAUUUUGCUAAUGAUUAGUCCAAUGGGGUAACUGCAGAUGACAAUUGUUUAGUUUUUUUUAUAGCCACUUUGCUGCAUCAGUUGGCUACAGCAGGUGAUAAAGCGUAUUGCUAAAUAGCACACCUGCCUGAUAAUAUGGACCAAUAUGUUAUUGGGCUCAUUUCUUGAGGGGAAAUCAUGUUUGAGAUGUCAGCAUCAUUUUAUUUGAAUUCAUUUUGGAGUAGAAUGUCCUUUUUUAAAAGUCACCAGAACUGACCUCAGUCUUUCUCCCAAAAAUGUUAGGUCCCUCUGCGACCUGUAGUAUGCUGUGAUAUGUGCUUUAGCCAGUGGCCUAUAUAUUGUUUAGGGAAGUAUAUUAUAUUACCCCCCCCCCCCAUAAAGGCCAAACCCAUACUUCUCUGUGAAAGCCGAGGAGCACUAUUGUAAAGGUUUAUGAUGUUGAAUGUUUGUACCCUUUUCCUUUCAGGCACCGCUGUGGGCUUACCUGUCUUGUGCAGUGGGCCUCUUCAUCUACCAAUCACUGGACGCCAUCGAUGGGAAACAAGCACGGCGCACCAAUAGCAGCACCCCACUGGGAGAGCUGUUUGACCAUGGCUGUGACUCUCUUUCAACAGGUGUGUGUGCUCGAGUGUGUGUAUACAGUCUCAAACUACCAUAAACAACACACUCACAGACUACAAAGUACAAUGGAAGACAGACACACCAAAUAUGCACUUAAAGACAUACACAAUAUACCCAUAAAUGUAGACAUAACACACUUACAGAUGUAAACAACUCAAUGAUUUAGGACUGAGAAAUACCAUGUUGUGUAAUUUAACUUCUCUCUCUUUUCUCUCUCUGUCUCUCGCUAUCUCUCUGUCACUCUGCCCCCCUCGCCCUCCCUCUCUCUCGGCAUGCAUUGAUACUUGACCCAUAGUAAAAUACAUUUUUCUCAUUUCCACACACAAUUAAGACAAAGUGAGGAUUGGAAUAUACCUGCCUCUUUGACUCUUAAUUUCUAUCACCCACCCUUGCUCUCUCUCGCUCUCUCUCUCUCAUUCUCUGUCUCUGACUUCUUUCUCUCCCCUCUCUUAGUGUUUGUGGUUUUGGGCACCUGUAUCGCCGUCCAACUUGGAACUAACCCCGACUGGAUGUUCUUCUGCUGCUUCGCCGGCAUGUUCAUGUUCUACUGUGCUCACUGGCAGACCUACGUAUCGGGAACCCUGCGCUUUGGCAUGUGAGUGGGUGGGCACCCCGUCUGGGGUUUCCCUUAAACUAUGUCAGUAAGCAAACAAUGCAAACAGCCAGGACAAGAGUGUCAUGUCUGAUGUUUCAGGGGCCGUAUUCAUAAAGCGUCUCAGAGUAGGAGUGCUGAUCUCGGAUCAGGUCCCCCCUCUUAUUCUUUAUAAUCGAGUAGGCAAAACUGAACCUAUAUCAGCACUCUUACUCUGAGACACUUUAUGAAUACAGGCCCUGAAAUGUAUAAAUAAAAUAGCUAUGUAACUGCACCCUUAGUAUUUGUCUAGUAUGUUUGCAAACUGUGGGAAAACUUUAGUAAGCACAUGCUGUUUUGCCGUAGGCCUACAGUUGAAGUCGGAAGUUUACAUGCACCUUAGCCAAAUAUAUUUAAACUCAGUUUUUCACAAUUCCUAACAUUUAAUCCUAGUAAAUAUUCCCUGUCUUAGGUCAGUUAGGUUCACCACUUAAUUUUAAGAAUGUGAAAUGUCAGAAAAAUAGUAGGGAAUGAUCUAUUUCAGCUUUUAUUUCUUUCACACAUUCCCAUGGGUCAGAAGUUUACAUACACUCAAUUAGUAUUUGGUAGCAUUGCUUUUAAAUUGUUUAACUUGGGUCAAACGUUUCUGGUAGCCUUCCACAAGUUUCCCACAAUAAGUUGGGUGAAUUUUGGCCCAUUCCUCCUGACAGAGCUGGUGUAACUGAGUCGGGUUUGUAGGCCUCCUUGCUCGCACACACUUUCAGUUCUGCCCACAAAUGUUCUAUAGUAUUGAGGUCAGGGCUUUGUGAUGGCAACUCCAAUAUCUUAACUUUGUUGUCCUUAAGCCAUUUUGCCACAACUUUGGAAGUGUGCUUGGGGUCAUUGUCCAUUUGGAAGACCCAUUUGCGACCAAGCUUCCUGACUGAUGUCUUGACAUGUUGCUUCAAUAUAUCCACAUAAUUUUCCUUCCUCAUGAUGCCAACUAUUUUGUGAAGUGCACCAGUCCCUCCUGCAGCAAAGCACCACCACAGCAUGAUGCUGCCACCCCCGUUCUUCACGGUUGGGAUGGUGUUCUUCAGCUUUCAAGCCUUCCCAUUUUUCCUCCAAACAUAACGAUGGUCAUUAUGGCCAAACAGUUCUAUUUUUGUUUAAUCAGACCAGAGGACAUUUCUCCAAAAAGUAUGAUCUUUGUCCCCAUGUGCAGUUGCAAACCGUAGUCUGGCUUUUUUAUGGUGGUUUUGGAGCUGUGGCUUCUUCCUUGCUGAGCGGCCUUUCAGGUUAUGUCUAUAGGACUUGUUUUACUGUGGAUAUAGAUACUUUUGUACCUGUUUCCUCCAGCAUCUUCACAAGGUCAUUUGCUGUUGUUCUGGGAUUGAUGUGCACUUUUUGCACCAAAGUACAUUCAUCUCUAUGAGAUAGAACUCGUCUCCUUCCUGAGCGGUAUGACGGGUGCGUGGUCCCAUGGUGUUUAUACUUGCGUACUAUUGUUUGUACAGAUGAACGUGGUACCUUCAGGCAUUUGGAAAUUGCUCCCAAGGAUGAACCAGACAUGUGGAGGUCUACAAUUCUUUUUCUGAGGUCUUGGCUGAUAUCUUUUGAUUUUCCCAUGAUGUCAAGCAAAGAGGCACUGAGUUUGAAGGUAGGCCUUGAAAUACAUCCACAGGUACACCUCCUAUUGACUCAAAUGAUGUCAAUUAGCCUAUCAGAAGCUUCUAAAGCCAUGAUAUCAUUUUGUGGAAUUUUCCAAGCUGUUUAAAGGCACAGUCAACUUAGUGUAUGUAAACUUCUGACCCACUGGAAUUGUGAUACAGUGAAUUAUAAGUGAAAUAAUCUGUCUGUAAACAAUUGUUGGAAAGAUGACUUGUGUCAUGCACAAAGUAGAUGUCCUAACCGACUUGCCAAAACUAUAGUUUGUUAACAAGACAUUUGUGGAAUGGUUGAAAAACGAGUUUUAAUGACUCCAACCUAAGUGUAUGUAAACUUCCGACUUCAACUGUACAUGUAGAUGGACAGAUGUUUAUUUCAUAGCCAGGUUUUAAGCCUCAAUUUUAUCUAGCCGUUUCACAGAAGUACCUUGUUUUUUCCCUGGUGGGCAGAUUUGAUAUCACAGAGUAUCUGAUCUGUGUAGAACUGUUACAGACAUGCACAGCCAUGUUUGGGCCUGGGUUCUGGAACUUGACGGUAAAACGAGAGCAUCAUCCACGUGACUUCCCAGUUGACGCUAACCUGUGUGUCUAUUUAGCCAAUCAGCCACACUUCCUGCACAGACUGCCCAAUAGGAGAAGAGGUUGACUUACAUGCCCCUGUGGCCAACAUAGUACAAUUCCUAUGCAUCUAGACAACUUUCUCAGACCCUGUUUCAUUAAUUCUCACAUCGCGUUAAUACAGUAAUUUCAGAUAUUUGAUAGAGAUGGCUCAGUUUGAUUGGCGAUGAGCUCUACUAGAUUAUGUUGAUCUCUGUUGACCACUGGAAUUUUAUUUUGGGAUGUGGAGAUGAUUAGAUUUAUAAUUCAAAUAAAGGUUUGGGCCAAUUAGUUACCAAUUUAGGACAUAUUUUUUGGGCCAUCACAAACAUUUUUGCAAUGCUGUGAGGUCAUAUUUUGACCUUAAACUAAAGAUGUUUGUUCUCAUUAUUUGUAGCUCAGCUGGUAGAGCACGGCGCUUGUAACGCCAGGGUAGUGGGUUCGAUCCCCGGGACCACCCAUACACAAAAAAAUAAAAUAAUGUAUGCACGCAUGACUGUAAGUCGCUUUGGAUAAAAGCUUCUGCUAAAUGGCAUUAUUAUUAUUAUUAUUAUGUUUUUAGCUAUGAUAGUUCUGUCAUGACAGCUAGUGUACCCAGUAAAUGUCUCUACCAGCUGCCGUGUUGACAGUGACACCAAGACAUCAGCAGCUGAUUUUUAGAUUUAGAUAGGCUUCAUAUAUCAACAUUGGCUUAUCUGAUUGGCUUUCGGGAACAGCCACAACGAGGACAAGGGACGAAUGUCCUGGGAGUAUGGUUGAUUUGAUUUAGCAAUAUGAUUUGAUAUGAUAUAAGCCCUUGACAGAGUAAGUAAGAGCUAAAUAGGUUGUCCACCAGAAAUAAAAAAUACCUUAUCAGAUCAGGUUCCUCUCAGACUUUUGAGGGAAAUGUUCUCUACAUCCCCAAACACACUCAAAACUAACCCACAACCCAGAGGAAUGGAUGCUGUUUUUGCAGGACCUGCUAGGGGGUGCUAUGUGCAUGUUGUUUUUGAUGAUGCUGUGUGAAAUGUGAAAUCACUUAACCGUUUGCAUGUGAUUCCUCUGUCUCUCUGCCUGUGCAGCAUUGAUGUGACUGAAGUGCAAUUCUUCAUUAUAAUCAUGUAUUUGCUGGCUGCCGUCGGAGGACCAGCUUUUUGGCAGUUCUUGGUAAUGCAUUUAAAGCUAUUUGAUUCAGCAAGUUAUGGCCUGUUCCUACUGCUUGGAAUUGAAAGAAAUUACCUUAAUGCUAAUUGUUACAUGCAUUGUAGUUUGAUGCAGUGUAAUACACUGUUAUUCAUGCAAUUAAACAUUUAUAGCCUCAAGAAUGUCAACACUUAUGAAAGUAAUGUAGGGAAACCAUGGCAUGGUGGUUGACGUGUUAAGACUCGCCUCUGUUGAUGAUUUUGCGUGAAUGCAACCUUGUAUCCUGGAGGUAAGCACAGAUCUAUAAGGUAUUGGAUAGGUGAAAGCUAAGUUGUCACCCUAUUACUUCCACCAAUCCAACCAAUUCAAAUCUGUGUUUACUUUAAGGAAGGUAGGAAAGAUGGAUGCGUUUCUAAAGUAAUGAAACAGUGCCAUGCUAUUACUAAUCCCCCAAACACACAGAUCCCUGUGGUGAACAUCCAGAUUAAGAUCAUUCCGGCCAUCCUCACUGUGGCGGGAGCAAUCUUCUCCUGCACCAACUACUUCCGGGUCAUAUUCACGGGAGGAGUAGGAAAGAACGGAUCCACCAUAGCGGUAAGGAAGACGUGAUCCGUCCUGGCAAACGAGGAUCCAGUUGAAUUGUAUGGCUCAUAAAAGAUGACUUUGUGUGCGGAAGGUUACAGUCUAACAGUGUGUGGAAUGUUGUCGCAAACCAAACGAUUUACUGCUGUUCGUUGCAUUGGUUAUUUCAACUUUGGUAGUAAUAUGAUACAUAUGUGUAUCAAGCUUAAUUUAAACAUGUCAACAGCAUUUGUUUUGGUUGAAGUAGCCAGUCUUUUCUAAUGCUUAAAUACCACAGCACCUGGAUGACAGUGGAUGCCUAUCAUGCCUUUUUCAUUGAUUUCAGCCAAGCCACUAGUCAGAACUUUACCUUGCGGUUUAUUUAUCACUUUAGAGACGGACAGGAAUAGUGGAAAUUUUCAGCUAAGUACAGUGAUUGUGACAUCCAUGUCCCGUCUUCUUCUUUCUCAGGGAACGAGUGUCCUGUCGCCGUUCUUCCACAUAGGGUCAGUCAUAAUUCUGGCCAUCAUGAUCUACAAGAAGUCUGCGUCCCAGCUGUUUGAGAAGCACCCCUGUCUCUACGUCCUGGCCUUUGGGUUUGUGUCGGCCAAGAUCACCAACAAGCUAGUGGUGAGGAACCAGAUGACCUAGGGUCGUGUCCAUUAGGGCACACGGUAGCAAAGUGUUGUGCAACGGAACAAGCGUUUUUUUUAUUGGACAAGUUCAGAUAGUAGCUCUCUGUUUCGCAUAGAUUUCUUCCAUUCUGUGCCUCCUGAACAUGACCCUGAAACAUGAAAUGCUGAAAAAGCCAGUCUACAUUCCAAUAUCCACACCUGCCACUUGUUUUGGUAUCGCUGUCGUCUAGAGUAAAUUACCUUUUAAAAGUCUUAUAGUGUGCUGCACUAUAACGUACCUUGCAUUGAAUUUCAGCCCUAGUCCAAUGUUUUUAGUUUGACUCAAUAUAGUUUUUUUUCCCCUUUACUCUAUUUACUCUAACGUUGCCAUUUCAGUCUCAUUUUAUUUUUGUUUUACAGGUGGCUCAUAUGACAAAAAGUGAGAUGUGUCUCCAUGACUUGGCUUAUUUGGGGCCAGGGCUGCUCUUCUUGGACCAGUAUUUUAACAGCUUCAUAGACGAGUACUUGGUCCUCUGGGUGGCACUGGUAAGUCACCAUACCCCUUAAUGACUUCAUCCAUGUGCACGUACGUACCAAGUAGGAGUGUGAAUGUUUAAACGUUAAAACGUUUAAACGAAGUUGUAUCGUUAACAUUAAUAGAAAAACCUCUAACCAAAAAAUUGUGUUUUCUCCACAGAAUUAAAAUCACAGUGCAGUUAUCACAAAAUUACCACUAACAGGUCCCCAUCAUCAUCAUCAUCAUCAUCAUAAAGGGAAAAAUUUAACAAAUAGUCCUACCUAUCGCAUCAAUGCUGUAACGUUAGUAAGGGGGAUAUGCAUCUUUCAAAUUAUUUGCUCCGCACGUCAUUGUUGUUAACAGUUGGGGGAUAAAAAGCGCUGAUUACAGAAAUUAUUGCAGUUGAUAUGUAGUCAUUGUCAAUGGCCUACUUGGGUUGUGAGGUCAUUUCCUAAAUGAAAGACUGCAAGCUCCAUUUGAGCCGCGACUCGCGCUACUGAAACAGGUGCGUCUUUCUCAUCAAUAUCACUGUUCACCCGUUUCAACGGGGUGUUAAUCCCUUUAUAAUGGGAGUUGAGACAUACAGUUAACAGCAUUAGAAAGCAAAGAUUAUUCCCUUUUUUAACCAAUAGAUACACGCAUUUGUCGCCUGUGUUUUAAUUUGUGAGCUUGUUGGGCAGGCUUUUGUUAAACAUGAGACAGUAGGCCCGAGACUAAUGAACACGCUAUUUGCCUUCAUCAAAACAAUGGUUUUGGUGCAUAUUUCAGUCUGGAACCUGCCUAGGUUUAGGGGUGGUUGUAACCUAUUCUAAAAAGGACACUAUAGCAGUAGCAGUUCGCAAAAAAACCUAAAAUAGACUAGACAAAUCUAUUAUUCCUAAACUGUAGCUUGUGGUUGGAACACAUAGGAGGAAUUGGGGCCCACCAUUCGCCGCAUUCCUGCAUCUGCAGGAACCCCUCUUUAUACUUUUAUUGGUAAAUUUUUAAGCUAGGACUCUGGUACACAGGCGGGAGGCAGGGGCGCUCCAUUAUAGUAGGUGGCGGUAAUGCACCAUAACGUUGGAUGCCAACCGCCGAUAAGCCCCACAGAAGAGGUGACAACGGUCGGGUACUGUUUUCCAGCAGUUCUGUUAACGAGGGCAGUUAUUCGGCAGGCGUUUAAUACACUGGGUGCUAGCUAGUUAGCAAGCUAGGACUCCAGUUCACAGUGGGCGGGAUAGGUAGCUAGCUAUUUUACACAUUUUGCCAUGAGGCUGAGAGAAAAUGUUGCUGUUUUAGAGCUCAGAGAUUCUUGAAGGACGGGACAAUCAACUUUUAUUCCACACAUCUGUCUUACUAACUAGUAUGACCACUCUAUGGAAAGAUGAGACUCUCACGAGCAUGAUAGUGUUCUCCGUUUUGCUCUACAACCCCCACACAAAUAUAAUGCUCCCUCAACUUGAGACAUCUGUGGCAUUGUGUUGUGUGACAAAACUGCACAUUUUUUGUGGCCAUUUAUUGUCCUCAACACAAGGUGCACCUAUGUAAUGAUCAUGCUGUUUAAUCAGCUUUUUGAUAUGCCACACCUGUCAGGUGGAUAUAUUAUCUUGGCAAAGGAGAAAUGCUCACUAACAGGGAUAUAAACAAAUUAAGAAAGCUUUUUGUGCGUAUUGAACAUUUCUGGGAUCUUUUAUUUCAGCUCAUGAAACGUGACCAACACUUUACAUGUUGCGUUUAUAUUUUUGUUCAGUAGCUAGGAGGACUCCGGUACACAGCAGGGGGAGGCGGGGGCGACACCGGUAGCUAGCUAGGACACCGGUAGACUGAUAAUGCUUUUAUUUCCCUUUUGACCCACGUUUUUAAUUGCAUAGACAAUCAGGGGCAAUCCAUAUCAAGUGUCACAAGCAUGAAGAUGGCGUGCUCGAGUGGGUGCGUUCAUGCAGGAACCAAUAAGAUACUCGAGGGGGGGGGGGGCGUUCAUGCAGGGAUGCGUUCCUGCAGAUUCAAGAAUGGCCACAUGCAGGAAGGCCCCGCAAUCACACACUGUUGCCUGGCAGGUUCGGGCAGCCACAAUGCCGAUUAUAGUUGCAAAGCCUACUGAAUGACUGCGAUAGAACUUCAUUGCCCCCUAGUGGUCAUACCACACAAUAGGAAAUUGUCGUAUUUCAGAUAAACAUUUGACUUCACAGACCCAUUCUAGCCAAAGUAAGACGUCAAAACCCCUUAGUUGAGUGGUAAAGUAGUAUACCAAAGUCUGUCACUUGUGUAUUUUGCAGUACAAUGUAGAUUGCCUAACUUAUAUUCAUGCAAUUCUUUUCAGGGGGCAUUUACUCAAAAGAUGAUUGACGUACAACAAAAAACACAAUCAAUUCUGUAUAUAAAGAGCCUUAAAUUUACUUUAUUUGACAUCCAUCCUGUCUUCUUUUAUCUCCAGUUCCUGUCCAUUUUUGAUCUUGUGCGCUACUGCGUCAGCGUCUGCAACCAGAUCGCCUCUCACCUGCACAUCUUCGUGUUCAAGAUCAAACCCCCCAACCUGCGGCCCGCCGCUGCCUCCCGGUCAGGCAAAGACGUCUGGUGUCACUGGUCUGGUGACACUACUGACAGGUGGUGA